UUUUAAAUCGUGUUCAUUCUUCUCUCCACAGUGGGCAGAUUAUGUUCUCCUCAAUUCCCAGUUCAGCAGUAAGACGCUGUAAUUUUGUCAUAUGCAACUUGUGUAAUUUUUGUGCUAAUUUUGCCUCCUGCGGGGGCCCACAGCAGCCUGGAUGCCAAGGGGCCCCGGGCCAACUUCACCUGGCCCUGAGGCUACAUCUUAUCCAUUGUCUGGAAACAGACAGUAUGUCUUACAGGUGCGUCAUUACCGGCAGUUGUGGGUGGACCACAUUCUUUUGAACAGUUGAAUUUAACCAGUCAGUCGUACAUACACACACACACACACACACACACACAUACACAUACACAUACACCAGCACUGACAAUCUCCUGUGAAGGGUCACCUUUAACUUAACAUUCGUGUGUAAAUGGUUGUGUGUACUUAGCGAUCUCUAACUUUACAAUAGUUUGGGUAUAAAGUUACAAUUACAUGAGGCCCUGCUGUCCUGCCUGAUAUACGUGCAGUUGAUAGGAUUGCUAACAGAAGAUGGUAACUCCAGGUUCACUGUGUCUUGUAGUGGUUGCAUUCGGUGUGUGCACCAAUGCCCAGGGUGCAUUUUAUCCAUUUGGAUCAGCUGCAGGAGACACGUUCCUGCCACACCCAUCAGACCCGGUACAAAAUGUUACCCUGCUGCAGCCAUUCCCUUACUUCAAUCAGACGUACCAGCAGGUUUAUGUGGUUUUCCAUGGAUACCUUAACUUCUUUGAACCACCUACAACUCAAGAUUUCAUCUUCCCCAUUAGAACAACUAUAGACUAUAGUGAGAGAGGUAACAUUUCUUAUCAGCAGUACACCACAGGUGAUGUCCUUACCACUGCAACUCGAGACAUCAACUCCUACUUCCCCAAAGAGACCUUCACUGCGUCCUGGGUGUUUGUGGCCACUUGGGACAGAGUGGUGCAUGAUAACAACAACGCCUCAGUAACCAAUGACCAAGAGGCAACAUUCCAGGUGGUUCUGAUUUCUGACGGUGCCGUAUCAUUUGUCUUACUGAACUACGGUGUUAUUUCACCUCCCCCAUUAGGACGACUACAGGUUUCAUAUACACGCAAUGAGCUUGGUCUUCUAGAUCUAAAUCCAAGCUGCUUUCCAAAUGACACUAUUGAUGCGGUGAGCUUGAAGACCUCCAGCAACGUCAAUGUGGCAGGACGAUGGGUCAUUCCAGCCUCAUUUCAGUCAGACUUCAGCUGCUCGUAUCCUUCAGUACAACCUGACGACACACCUGGGUUAGACUAUGUUGUGGGCAUGCGGCUGAUGAUGUCAUCAUCUCUUCGUCUGAAUGAGACUGGGAUUGAGGACCAGAUCCUACCCCAGCUCAGGGAGUUCUUGAGACAGCGUGGAGUGAACAUCACUGGGAUACGCCUGCGAAGCUUUUAUGAGAAACUGCCCUGAGACAGAAAGAAGGAAAAGACAUGGAGGAGAGGAGCGGAGAGGAUGGAGAAACAAGCGAGGAUAAAGAGAGGACGGAGAAAGAAGAGAUGAUGGAGAGGUUGCAAGCUAUACAUAGCAUAUUUCAUCAGAGUGUUAGUUGUUGAAAGAUGUGGACUGCUUUUCUGAAACCUAUAGUUGCUAGCUGUGUUACUUUGUCGGUUGAAAUGUAGUUAAUUACCCAUUGACAACCAAGUAGGCCUACAGUAGCUGACCAGUAACAACACUUUAGGAAAACUUAACUAUUUUCCAAGUUUUGACUAUAAAUAAUAAGUUUAGGUCUCAUAACAUCUGACAGCUAAUAAGCCUAAUGACCUAAUAAGAUAAUCUUACAAAAUCGUGAACAUAUUCCCCCUCCAAUUUUUCUCUUUAGUUAGAAAAAAAUACUUAAAGUUCAUUUUAGGGGUUUUGCUUGUACUACAUGUCAAGUAUAUGUAUGUAGUGAAAGACUUUUGGUAGCUGUCCUGGUUUAGUUAAAGCCGGUCUAGGUAAUUGUCAAGGUGCUGCCAUGAUGCCUUUCCUGAAAAGCUGCACUGCCCUAAACUGGCAUUAAUUUCCUCCUGGGGAUUUGUAAAGUAACUCUACUCUAAAUCUUUAUACAGUAAUUACCCUUCACACUUUUAAUGUUUUUUUCUUCCAGUAGCAGUCAAUUCAAAUGUUAUUAUGUCUGCUGUGGUAAAUAAAGUCAGAUUAAAAAAAAAAAAAAAUCUUAUAUGCCUAUGUCUGCUUUGGUAGAUAAAGUCAGACUUUUUAAAAUCAUAUAUGCCUAAUCGAGUACAUAUUACACGUA